CCUUCAAGUUUCGGGACCGAAGUCGGUUUACUUCUCAUUGGAGGAGACGGGAUCAUGGCUGCCAUCCUUCAUGCAGUGCCAAAGUUUCAGGGUCCAGCUGCAUGGGGAAGGCCUCUUCACCGACUGUGGUGCUGCACUGGGCAGGGAGAUCCCAAAAGGUGGGUGGGAAGGAGGUCUCCCACCUCACAGGAGAAGCUACCAGGCACAGAGACUGAGAAAUUUCACACAAUCUACCGAUUCCAUGCCAUCAGAACACUUGGCUUUGUAUCUCGCCUGAAGUUGGCACAGACAGCUGUGACUGUGGCCGCCCUGCCCCCAGGCUUCUAUUGGUACUCACAGGACCUCAUGACCCUCAAUUCACUCUGCCUUGUGAGUGGGAUCUGCAGCUUUGCUCUGGCCAUGCUGUGUUGGAUGAGCUACUUCUUCCGGAGGCUGGUGGGCAUCCUGUAUGUGAAUGAGUCAGGUACCAUGCUUCGAGUGGCCCACCUGACCUUCUGGGGGUGGCGGCAGGACACGUACUGUGCUGUGUCAGACAUGAUACCCCUGUCAGAAUCCAAGGACCAGGUCCAGGAUGUGUUGAUACGCAUCCAGCAAUACAGUGGCAAGCAGACCUUCUACCUCACCCUGCGUUAUGGCCGAAUCCUGGACAGAGAACGUUUCUCACAAGUGUUUGGACCCCUGAGCACACUUAAGUAAAGAACAGCAACUCGGCCUCCUAUAGCCUUGGGUGCACUUGGAUUUUAGACAGGAAGGCCAAGAACACUGAUGAGGCAGAAGCUAAUAACCAGGGACUGGGGCUGAAACCCAGUUGGUAGACUGCUUGUCUAGCAUGCGGGAGGUUAGUCCCUGGUUCAGUCCCUAGAACUGCAUAUAACCAGGCAUGGUUGUGUGUGCCUGUUCUUUCAGCACUGGAGAAAAAUUUCGAGGUUGUCUUGGGACAAAAAAAGAAGGUAUUAGCUAACUUCAGGGAAAAGCCCUUAGUGGAACAUUGUACUGAAUAGGACACUGCAACAGAAAGUAGCUAGAAGAUUCAAUGAAGAGGCACUUCUUGGAGGAAUGCUAUGCCAAGAUCACCGAGGCAGCCCACUGCUAUGAAAGCAGAAGACAGGAAGGUUGGCGGAGGGGCACAGGCUGGAGUCUGGAGACCUGGGUUCUGCUGGACCUCAGCUCCUCACCUGGGGCAGGGAUUGAGUUUCUGAGCCUUGAGUUGCACUCUCACGUGGAAGGGCGUUCCUCUCUCGUGGGGAUGAAUAUGAAAAUAUCCAAUACUGGCUGAGGCUGGGCUUUGUUAGAGCUCUUGUCUAGCAUGUAUAAGGUCCUAAGUUCCACUCUCAGCACAGGAAUGCCCUGUGCUGUGUAAGUCAGCAGCUUUCAGAGCUUAAAACGGGGGGGGGGGGGUGGGGGGGAGUUAAAUGGCCAGCACUGAAGCCCAGGGUGGGCUCGUCUUCCCAUCAGAACAACGUCACUGCCAGGAGACCCAGGGCCGCUCACACUGGGGAGCUCACACUGUCAUCAGGAUAGAGGAACUCUGUCCAAGGAGACUGUAUAUGCCGCUUUUCAUAAUAAAAAACUCAUACUUACUAGGUGAACUGUACCUGCAUAAAAGGAAAGCAGCCAUGAUCUUUGUAAUUUGACCAUUCAGAAUGUUUUGUUUUGUAGCUUUUGAGUAAUUCCCUUCCUUCCUUCCUU